AUGGCGAAAAGGAAGGACGCCACGAAGACGGUCAAGCCAGCAGCGGCGCCAGCUCCUUCACCGUCGAGCAAUCCUCGCAUCCCACCUCCCCGUUCAAAGCCCAGCCCGCUACGCACCUUCAUCCUCCUGAUACGCAUAGCGUCAUGCUGCUUCGCCCUCUACGUCUUGUGGAAGCGGAUGCACCCGCCGAAGGCGGAAACGGAUCUCGCGGAGGACGACAAGCGGAUCUGGUUCGAGGAUAUCGAGGUGGACGAGGUUAGGCAACAGGCUGUUCUUGAGGCUUUCAAGCAUUCGUACUCGGCCUACGAGCGGGAUGCGUUCGGCUUUGACGACUAUCAUCCCAUAUCGCACCGCGGUUCCAAUAUGUCGCCUGCUGGACCUGUCGGCUACUUCGUGAUCGACUCGCUCGACUCGCUCCUCCUGACAAACUCGACCAAGGAGUACAAGCGGGCUCGAGACUGGGUCGAGAAGCUCAGCUUCGACCUCGACGACAAGUACCACACCUUUGAGGCGAGCUUUCCCUCGAUCACGAUCCGCGUCCUUGGCGGUCUUCUUUCAGCCUACCAUCUUUCCGGCGAGUCGGACCGGAUGCUCCUCGACAAGGCCGUCGACCUCGCAGACCGACUUCUGCCUGCGUUCGACACCCCGUCCGGUCUGCCGCUCAGCUUCGUCAACCUGAAGACGCGCCAAGGUAUCGCGGACAAGGACAACCGUGGCUGGACGAGCGUUGCGGAAGCAGGCACUCUCCAGCUCGAGUUCAAGUACCUCUCGCAUCUCACCGGCAAGAAGGUCUACUGGCAGAAGGUGGAAAAGGUCAUGGAUGUCAUCCGCGAGCAGCCGAACAAGGACGGCCUGGUCCCGAUCUUCAUGCGGCCUGACACCGGAAGCUUCGUCUUCUCCGACAUCCGCCUCGGCUCGCGCGGCGACUCGUACUACGAGUACCUGUCGAAGCAGUACUUCCAGACGAACCGUACCGAGCCAGUCUACCUCGACAUGCACAACGAGGCGAUGGGCGGCAUCAAGAAGCUCUUGCUGAAGAAGAGCGCGACCAAGGGCCUGAUGUAUGUCAGCGAGUUGCUACCGAGGCGGAAGGCGGAGGGUACCUUCGAGAUGGUCGACACUCCUAAACAAGACCACCUCGUCUGCUUCCUCGGCGCGACUUUCCUGCUCGGCGCCAGCAACAGCAACACCUUGCCUCUCCCGCCGGACGAAUUGACAUUCUCCGAGUCGCAACUCGAUGACUGGGUCGCCGGCAAGGGUUUGAUCCGGACAUGCGUCGACACCUACACAAGCAGCAAGACUGGUCUCGCGCCCGAGAUUGUCAACUUCUACCUUCGCGCGGCCGAUGCGAAAGCCGCCGGCCGCGACUGGUUCAUCAACUCGCGCAAGCUGACCUACCCCGAACCGCCUAUCGAUGCUCGCAACAUUCUUCGACCGGAGACGGCGGAGAGUUUGUUCGUUGCCUACCGCGUGACGGGCGACCCUAUGUAUCGCUCCUGGGGAUGGACGAUCUUCCAGGCGUUCGAGAAGCACUGUAAGCUGCCCGCUGGCGGAUAUGCUUCGAUCCGCGACGUAGAUGCGCUCCCCGUCCAGCACGAGGACCGGAUGGAGACCUUCUGGCUGUCCGAGACACUCAAGUACCUCUAUCUGCUCUUCUCCGACAAGAACCUCCUCCCGCUCGACCGCUACGUCUUUUCAACCGAAGCGCACCCGCUUCCCGUCUUCACUCCCACUCGCUUCCGGUAG